GGGCGCGCAGGCCAGGCCCGGCCGCGAGCGCAGGAGCCGGCUCAAAGUUUUCCCCUCACGGCCCCGGCGCGCGGCGGGGAGCCGGUGGCCGCAGCUAGGAGCCGCCCCGGCUUGCGGAGGAGCCGCGGCCGCCGCCUCCCCGAGCUCGGCCCGGGCUUCCCCUGAGAGCCAGCGGGAGCCGCGCCGCAGCCGCUUCCCCUGCCCCGUCGGAGAGAGCCGCCUGCCAGGGCCCUUCUCCGCGCCCGGGGCCUCCGGCUGGGUGCCCCGGUGCGAGUCGUGCCCUUGCCCUGAGCGCCCCAGGAAGGCCGGGGGUGCGGUUAGUGGCCCUCUCCUCGCCCUGCCCCCGGGGCCGCCGUGGGGCCCUCACCCGCCAGAGCCCGGGCCAGGCACCUGCUCCUGAGGGCGAGCCUCGCGCCCGCGCCCGCGCCCGCGGGGCUGGGUUUGUCCGGAGCUUUGCUGCCGCUUCCUGCCCCCCCGGUUGGAGGGAAGCGGCUCCCACCUCUCGCUCCUCGGCUCCCAGGCCUGCUCUUUGUCACCCUUGUUUAGGGAGCGGUUGGGGUGAGUGGCUGAGAUGAAAGUGACUGUUUCGUUUGGGAAGACGGGGAUUGUGGUCCCCUGUAAGGAUGGGCGGCUCCGUGUCAGAGACUUGACCCAGCAGGCUCUCCAGAGAUACCUCAAAACCAAAGAAAAGGACCCUGCUUAUUGGGUGAACAUUCACCACCUCGAGUAUACAGAUGGGGGGAUCCUGGACCCAGAUGAUGUGCUGGCAGAUGUUGUUGAGGACAAAGAUAAGCUGAUUGCUGUGUAUGAUGAACAAGAAUUGCACAAUAAGAUUGACAGCACCAGUGGUAGUUUGACAGACACACACAGCCCAGACCCUUUUGAGAUGGAGGUGGCUGCCCAGCUGGCUGCCUUUCAGCCAAUUGGUGGUGAGAUUGAGGUGACUCCUACUGCACUGAAACUGGGCACACCGCUGCUAGUGAGGAGGAGCAGUGACCCAGCGCUGGGCCCACCUGCUGGCUUCCACCCGGGUGCUGCACACCCCACUGAUAAUAGUCUGAAAUCUGUUGUGGCUGGUGCAACACAGUUAUCUUUUGAAGAUGGAGAAAUGGAUCUCACUGGGCACACUGAACAGCUGACAUCUCAGAAGGCCAAGUUCACUUUCAGUGAUAUGACAAGAACAGUAGAGAUUUCUGGGGAAGGUGGCGCUCUGGGGAUACAUGUAGUACCCUUCUUUUCAUCUCUGAGUGGAAGGAUUCUAGGACUCUUUAUCCGUGGUAUUGAGGAGAACAGCAGAUCUAGGCGUGAUGGUCUUUUCCAUGAAAAUGAGUGUAUUGUGAAAAUAAACAAUGUGGACCUCGUAGAUAAAACUUUUGCACAGGCUCAGGAUAUCUUCCGUCAGGCAAUGAAAUCUCCAAGUGUCGUCUUGGAAGUGGUUCCUCCAUAUAAUCGUGAACAAUAUGAAAAGACUGUCAUUGCUCCCCUUUGUUUGCUCGAUAAUGAUGAUGGAGUUCCAAAAACAAAGGUUCCACCUCCUGUUCUUAUGAAACCAACUGUGAAAACAGUAGAUCUCUCUGGAAUGAACAGCCUGGAGACAGAUCUGCAGGCAACGCUACAACAUGCUAAGAGCCCCAAUCUCCCAAGGUUGGGUAAGAAACCAUCUUCACCAUCCCUGUCUCCUCUGAUGGGCUUUGGCAACAAGAAAAAUGCAAAGAGAAUAAAGAUAGACCUUAAGAAAGGUCCUGAAGGACUUGGUUUCACUGUGGUUACCAGAGACUCUUCAGUUCAUGGCCCUGGUCCUAUUUUUGUGAAGAAUAUUUUGCCAAAGGGGGCAGCAGUCAAAGAUGGUCGUUUGCAAUCAGGAGACCGAAUACUGGAGGUGAAUGGCAGAGAUGUCACUGGCAGGACCCAAGAAGAACUAGUGGCUAUGUUGAGAAGCACUAAGCAAGGGGAGACUGUCUCUCUGAUCGUGGCUCGGCAGGAGGAAGCCUUUCUGCCUCGAGAGCUGAAAGGAGAGCCCAACUGCAGUAUUCUUUCACUGGAGACCACAGAACAGCUGACCUUUGAGAUACCUCUGAAUGAUUCAGGUUCUGCUGGACUUGGUGUCAGCUUGAAAGGCAACAAAUCUCGGGAGACCGGGGCUGACCUUGGGAUUUUCAUCAAAUCCAUUAUCCAUGGAGGUGCAGCUUUUAAGGAUGGCCGCCUGCGAAUAAAUGACCAGCUGAUUGCAGUGAAUGGAGAGUCUCUUCUGGCGAAAUCCAACCAUGAAGCCAUGGAGACGCUGAGGCGUUCCAUGUCUAUGGAAGGGAACAUUCGUGGGAUGAUUCAGUUGGUGGUUCUCAGGAGACUGGAUAGACAAAUGCAGGAACGCUCAGAUCAUGGGUUUUUUCAAAAACCAGCACUUGAGGGCAGUCAGACCUUUACCACUGUCUCCAGGCGCAAUGAUGCUGUCCUGCAGCAAUUUGUAACUUACAGUCCUCAGGAAAGACUAAAAGUUUCAGAGCUGACUAUGUCUGAUCGUGCUGAGAAUGAAGUUCCACCUCCUCUGCCCCCACACCCCAGUGAGGAGCUGCUUUCUGAAGAUUAUAAUCAUAGCUCUGUAGUGGAUUCAGCAGCAUAUUUAACAGAUCAGAACAUCAACUUCAGAUCUUUGACACCAGCCAAGCAGCCUGAAUCAAUUAAUCUGAAAGCCUCGAAAAGCAUGGAUCUUGUGGCAGAUGAAAGCCAGGUUAGUUCAUUGGCUGGACACAAACAAGAAUCUCCUGACAAAGAUUUUGGUCCCACUCUGGGCUUAAAAAAGUCCAGCUCCCUGGAGAGCUUACAGACGGCUGUGGCUGAAGUCAGGAAGAAUGAGCUUCCUUUCCACAGACCCAGGCCUCAUAUGGUCCGUGGUCGGGGCUGUAACGAGAGCUUCAGAGCUGCCAUUGACAAAUCUUAUGAUGGACCUGAAGAUGCAGAACAGGAUGGUCUGUCUGAUAAAAGCUCUCUCUCUGCUCAAGAAACUCAGAAUUUUGAAUUAGCCCUGCAAGGGAAUCCUGAACUAGAAGAUGUAGAAACCAAGGCAAAGAAAGACAAAAAAUAUAAAGAGAAGGAGAAGAAAAAAGGAAAGAGCAAAGCUAAAGUCAAAGAGAAGAAAAGGAAGGAAGAAAAUGAAGAUCCAGAGAAGAAAACUAAGAAGAAGGGUUUUGGUGCCAUGUUGAGAUUUGGAAAGAAGAAAGAGGAGAAAGGUGGGAAAGCUGACCAGAAGGGAAAUCCAAAACACGGCACACUGAGAGAAGAAGAACUAGAAAAGAUGAAAGAUGAGCGUGAAAGGAUUGGUGCAAAACAUCAGGAGUUACGGCAAAAGCAGGCAAGAGGGCUUGCUGAUUACUCCACUAGUCCUGUAGGUCCACCACCUGAUAUUGAUGAUGAUGAUGAGAUGGACCCAAAUUAUGCCAGAGUGAAUCACUUCAGAGAGGCUUACCCAGCAGCAAAUGUCUACAGGCCGUCGUCUCCACCUGUAGCAGAAACCUUUGGAUACCCACGGGAUAUCCCUUCAAUACCAGGAGAGAGGGAGCAUUUGGAAGGACUGUAUGCAAAGAUAAACAAGCAGCACCAUCCACAGACUUCUGCUGACAGUGGCUGUCCAGCUGGUGGGAAUGCAGACCGUAUCCAGAAGUUACGGAAGGAAUACCAUCAAGCCAGGCGAGACGGUUUACCUUUCUACGAGGAUGAUGAGAUGAGAACAUGGCCAUCUGAUUAUGAUCAGCACUGGGUGUCUGGAAAAGGUCCAGAUGGGAGUUCACACAAUCUCCACUUUGAAGGGAUGGAAAGGCAAUAUGCAUCCUUACCCAGAUGUGGACCAGCAGAACCAAUGGAGUAUUUAACAGGGCCACGAGUACUAUACAAAGAGAGAGAUCUUCCAUACUACCAAGGAGGGCAGCCUGCUGUCCACCCCUCUAAAGGAAACUACUCUCGUGCACAAGACAUGAGGGCAGCAGAAUUGCGGUACCCCCAGUAUUACCCAGCCCAACAACUAACCACCCAGCACAAGGGACCCCUCCGCCAGGAUGUCCCGCCUUCACCUCCCCAACCACACAGAGUGCCAGCUUAUAAUGAAAUGGGCCGAACAGGACAGCGUGGGAGCAGCCCGGAUCAAUACCAAUAUAGACAUCAGGAUUCCAGGCAAAAGAAUCCCAUGACUGCAGCUGUAUAGCCUGAAACUGGACUUUGUCAACAUGGGCUGGGAUGAAGGAUUCCUGACAUUCCCUUUUUUACAGUUGGUCCUAACAAGCUUAACUGCAUGUAGGAAUGGCGCCUUAACUGGAAUCGUUCUUACUGAGCCUGCCUCAGGAUUGGUUCGUUUUCCUAGGAAUCUUGGGCCAUAUCAAAUUAAGAUAGUGUCUUUUAGGUACGUGCGUUACCAGGCAUUCAAAUGUUUUUAACGCCAGUUAAAAAUAGAAAGUGAUGGCUGAAAAGUAAGUGUAACUGUUACUACAGCUCAGGGCUAUUUACCACAUCUGGUUACACACACACACACACACACACACACACACACACAGACACACAGCACGUCACAAGAGUCCAUUUUGGAUCCACACUGCAGGAGUAUUAUAUCACAGAAGCCUUCUGUGACCUGACACAUGUAUUCAGUGCAGUGCUCCCUUGCUACAAGGCUCUGCAUGGGAGCAGAGUCUUGUGUAAUCUAGCGGCACGUGCAGUGGUGAGUUCACAAAUGACUUCUGUCCUGUUCCACUCCCACUUGAACCAGCAGUUUUAUAUUUUGAGAAUGCCGUAGUCAUUGAUUUUUAAUCUUGCCUAUAUCUUCCUCUUUCUGCUUCUUUGCUGGAGCAUGCAUCUGGUAGCCCUCAUUUUUGGUAGUUCUGCAUCAAGUUUAUCCUCUUUUCAUAUUGCAAAUAAUACAGUUUGACUAAAAUGAACUAAGCUUCCUCAGCCAUACUUGGGCAGUUUGGACAGUAUUCAUAGAAGUGUCCUACAGGAUCAUUAGGGGACGAGGCAACCAUCUGAAAAAUGUCUGUCUGUCUGUUCCCAUGUGUAUGUAUAUUAUGCAGAGCACAGCUCUUAAAUGUAACACCUAGGGCCCAGAUGCUCAGCAGCUGUCAAUGAGUGUAGCUUCCUUGACUUCAGUGGAGCUAAUCCUAUUUAUACCUGCUGAGGAUCUGGCCCUAGAUGUGAAGUACAGUAAAUGCUAUUAAAGUUGUUACUCCAUCAAGUAUUCAGAUGGAUCAGGGAGGGCAGAGCCCAUACUUGCCCUUGCUUCUUUCCUAUCCUUCUGCUGUCACUGUGCAUGGCUCCUGCCGUUUGAAUUGUCACCUGUUAAUGCAGGACCUGCUGCUGAUCAUUGCAAGGAAGGUCAGGCUCUGGCAGUGCCGGUUCUGUGUGAAGUGCCAAACAAUGCCAAUUCACCCAGCAGUGCUCCACGAGGCAACUGGAAAAGGGGAGGGGGAAGGAGGCUUGAGGCUUUUAAAAGCAACAGGGGAUGGGGAAGAGAAUGAGGAUAACAGAGGAGAGAUUGCUUUAGAAACGUUGGGGGCAAAGAGAAAAGGAACCAGGAGAAUGGCUUAAACGAUUAAGGCUUUUUAAAACAAUUAGGUGAGGAGAGGAGAGAAGCUGAGGUUGAUGGAAAAAGAGAAGACGAGGGGAAGGACAAGUGGGGAAGGAGGGAGAGGAAGGUAGGAGAAGGACCUAGCUUCAUUCCCCAAGCUCACGGCAGACAUUAGCUCAGGGCUGCUCUGCAGUCUCCAGGACUGGGGGGUGGCCUUAAGGAGGUAAAAGAUGCUCUGCGGCAGUUUGAAAUGUGCCUCCCAGCCAUGCGACUUCUCAACUCCACAGACAUUUGCUACGCAAUCUAACCAGGCUUCAGAUGUCAUGCUAAGCAUUACUUAGGGAACCACGGAGCCUGUAACUAGGAACACAUUUUAAGUAGCUUCUGAGUGUCCGUAAUUCUUCAAGCUCUGCCUUUGGAAGUAACAGACGCCAGUUUGGGCCCCUCUCCUCUAAGGGAGAGGCCUCGGACCUGGCCUGGCUGACGCCCUUUGGUGUGCAGCAAAUGCAUCAGGAUUCAUUGCACAGGUCACCUCCCAGUUAUAGAUCACACGAAGGGUCCAUUCAUCUGGUGCGUAUCCCUUUAUCAGGACUGGUAAGGAUUCAUUCGAUCUCUAGAGACUGGCGCACGGUGUAUCUGAGUCUUACACAGGUUUGCACAGCUGCACUCCAAGGGGCUCUUCCAACCAUUAGAUGCAUUCCCAUUCCACUGUAAACACUGUGUAGGGUACAUGCCACACACAGCCUUGUACUUCUUUGAACGAGCUUUCUGUACUGGGUGGUAUACUUGGUUAAUAAAGAUAUGGCAGCCACAGGGUAGCUGCUAGUGACAUGAACAUCCACCUAAAGUGAAGUGAAAACAAAUUAAAAUACUUUCUUUUCCUUUUUUGAAAUACAGCCCCAGAUGCAUUUGAUCCAGCUGUAAAGAAACUAAUAUGUUUGUGACAGUGGCUUGAUCAAGCCAGACCACAAUUAAGAACAGCUCUGAAUAUAAGCUACUGCCUUAUCAUUCAUUACCUACUAACCCUUCAAAUGCUCCGCAGCACAGCUUACAGAACUCAUUUCCAGUAUUUCAUGAGCCAGGGCCAAAUAAAAACAGGAUAGAAACAGCUUCUGGGUUAUUUAUGGCCUUUGAAGGGCUUGCUCAAUUGUCUCUCUAUAACCUGAAACCUCACAUUGACUGCAAUGGCACCUCUUGGUUAGGGCAGACAGAUCAAACGAGCACCUUCCAUGUUGUUAAUCUUACCCAACAGGUUACACAGAAGAGACUUUAAAAAAAAAAAAAAAAAGUAGGAGAUACUAAUAUAAUAUAUGGACACAUCGUACACUGCUGGAA